GGCGUGGGCGGGGAAAGAAACAUGUAGGACACCAGGGGCAGGCGUCAUGGAUAUCCAGCGUUAUCAACCUGGCCAACACCAGUACGAAUAUCUAACAGCCCCGAUAAGCCUCACGACGUUGACAGCGGACAGUCCUCGGUGCGGGCCUCCUCGCCAUGCCCUCUGCCCUCUCGAAGAUGGGCAUCUUCCUCGGCAUCUUCGUUAUCGCGUGGGCGGGCUUCACAGCAGGCUUCGGCCUCUACCUUCAGACUCGGUGUGCGCGAUACAUUGACCGUGGACAUGUGUCUUUCGCAGCGCUUUCACAGCUUACGUACCCGAAUGCCUCCAUUCUCUUCGACGCGGCGAUUGCGAUCAAGUGCUUUGGCGUGGCAGUGAGCUAUCUGAUCAUCAUCGGCGACUUGAUGCCAGGCGUCGUCGUUGGCUUCGUACCCAGUGCUGAGGAUGUUGCCUUCCUGGUAGACAGGCAGUUCUGGAUCACGGCAUUCAUGCUCAUCGUCAUCCCCCUCUCCUUCCUCCGCCGCCUCGACUCGCUCAAAUACACCUCUGUAAUCGCCCUCUUCUCCAUCGCCUACCUCGUCAUCCUCGUUGUAGCCCACUACAUCAAAGGCGACACCAUCGCCUCGCGUGGCACAGUUCGAGUCUUCGAAUGGGCUGGCUCCGUCAGCGCCCUCGCCGCCUUCCCCGUCAUCGUCUUCGCAUACACAUGCCACCAGAACAUGUUCUCCAUCCUCAACGAAAUCGCAAACAACUCACACUUCCGUACCACCACCGUCAUCUUUGCCUCCAUCGGCGGCGCCUGCGCGCUCUACAUCCUCACCGGCAUCACUGGCUACCUGAGCUACGGCGACAACAUCAGAGGCAACAUUGUAUCCAUGUACCCCACCGCCGCCGCAGCAACAAUCGGCCGCUUCGCUAUCGUCAUCCUGGUUAUGUUCUCGUACCCGCUGCAAAUCCACCCGUGCCGCGCCAGUAUCGACGCAUGCGCAAAAUGGCGCCCUCGCCGUCGCUCCCCCUCGAGCCGCGAAGGCAGUCCAACACGGCACUCGCUCGUCGGCAACGAAGCCGCAAAGCCCACGGCUGAGAUGAGCGACAUGCGCUUCGCCGUCGUGACCACCAUCCUCAUCGUUAUGUCUUUCAUCACCGCUAUGACAGUGAGCAGUCUCUCGCUCGUGCUGGCGUAUGUUGGUUCAACGGGCAGCACAACCAUCUCGUUCAUAUUACCUGGGCUCUUCUACUACAAGAUCUCGGACCCGGAUUCACCGCACCACCAGCGCCUCGUCAAAGACGAAGACGACGAGAACGAGUUUGCGUCUGGAGUGGAGGGCGGUGCGAGUAGAGAGGGGAACGAGAAUCGCGAUUGGCGUCGUGGGCUGCUGCGCAAUGCUGCUCUUGGUCUUGCAGUUUAUGGAUUGCUUGUCAUGGUCACUUGUUUGGGGAUCAACAUCGUUUUUGGCGCGAGCGGGCAUUGAGUUUCUGCGUGCCACGUAUGGCAGACGGAGCCAUUUGGCAUUUGGAUAUUAGCGGGUGUUUAGGGUAGAGGCUUUUUUUUUUGAAUACGCAUAAGGCAUGAAGGGAG